AUGAGAGUAAACGAGGCAAAUUCCAGGAACUCUUGCUACUCCCAGGCUUGGUCCAAGGCUCAAAAGGCUGUCAAAGCUAACCUUGUUCUCCAGCUCAAAUGCCUGCUUUUUCGAAGUCCCGUAAUGCCAUAUCGACAUCAGAGACACAACUACUGCAGAAACAAGAAGGGGAAACCAGCCUCCUUUGUGUACUUUAGAAAGGCAUGCGCCGAAAUAGGACAAUUCCACAAAUCCGAAAAUUGCUACGAAAAGGAACGCAAGAAAAACAUCUCGCUUCCACACGGUACUAAUGAUCAAAAACAUCAACAAGGUUGUGAUAAACAUCACCGUGAUUACUGCCAGACCUGCAGAUUCAGUAACAGCAUUAAAUAG